AUGUCAACAGAUGUUGAGCUGCUGGAUAUUGACCAGUGGUUUCACUUGGACGAAGAGACAAAGUUAGCUGUUGCUGCUGUUAACAUCGUUGUUUUAGGUCUAGUGUCACUCAUUGGUGUCGUCAGCAACAUCAUCAACAUGAUCAUCUUCACAAGACUGACACUAAAAGACAGCAUGUCCGUGGAACUUUUCAGCUUAGCGUUCGCUGAUUUUUCUGCGACAACUUUAGAGCUGAGCAUCACCUGUAUCUACGUGGCCAGCCAGUUAUACCCGUGGAGUUCAGUUGACCUGUGGGCGCUGGGGUAUGUGUCCUUUGCCUGGGCGGUCAACGCCAGCUAUCUCAUCUCCAGCUGGAUAACAGCUUUGAUCUCGCUGGAAAGGUGCGUCUGCGUCGUGUUCCCUUUCAGAGUUAAGCGAAUGUUCACAAGACGACGCUGCCUCGCCAUCAUAGGCGCCAUCUUCGUGGUCCACAUUAUUAUAUUCAUCCCAGCGUAUAUUAUAGAGAAAAUGGAAUGGGUCUUGGUGAGCCCACCUUCCAGAAACACCUCUGAUGAUAACAAGUGGACGUAUACCAUCGUUUUCUCAGAGGCUACGCAGCAGCUUGACACCGUCCUGGACAUCACCGCCGGCUUGUUUCUCUUCAUCACUGCCCAGGUGGUGAUUUUUGGUUGCUCCGUGUGGAUGACGCUCUCUUUAAAUCUCUCCACCUCCGUGCGCUCCAAGACAUCAUCAGCCGAAAAGUUCCACGCUACAGACUUCUCUCAGCUCACAAGGUCUGAGAAGAGAAUGGUCAGCAUAGUUUUAUUUCUAUCCUUGCUUCACACAGUCUGUAACUUGCCAAGGCUGACUUUGACCGUAUUUUACCAUGUGUAUCCGUGGACCAGCGUUAACGCUCAAAGCGACUUUCUUUCAUUUGUAUGGACCGCCAUUGCGUCAUGUAGCACCGUCACUUGCUCCUACAGUUUUUGCGGAUAUUACCGUCUGAAUUCAAGGUACAGAGCAAUAUUUAUCAACAUAUUUCAAAGAAAUUAG